GGGUCUGCGCAUGCGUGGGACAUAACGAGGAAGGAGCGAAGGCGUUUACAUAUUUCAACUGAACUGUGGAGAAAACUUCACUUUUGUGCGGAUUAACGGACGAACAUACAGGGAAGCUGCUGGUUCCACUGCAGUGAUGUCUGCCAUGUGGUGGGAGCAGUGGCCCCUGUUGGCCUCUAAUGGUACGACUCCCUCCGACUUAACGGACAACAAGAGCUGCUUCAGCACCCCACAGAGCACCGUGCUGAAGGGAGUCGGCUUUGGAGGAGUGCCAGUUGUGCUGCUGCUCGAUUUCUGCGUCUUUCUGGUGUUGCUGAUGGUCUUCUCUAUUAUCAGGAGGAAGUUCUGGGACUACGGGCGUCUGGCAUUAGUCUCAAACGAAGGGUACACAGAUUCAACACACCGGCACUAUGGACACCAGUCCUCCGUAGUCUCAAAUGCGGAGGACCUCGAGUAUGAAUUGGGAUUUUGCUCUUGGCUGCCUUUCAUCCUCAGAAUGGAUGAGGAAAAAAUAAAAACCAGGUGUGGCAUGGAUGCUGUUCACUACCUGUCCUUCCAGCGCCAUCUGAUCGUCCUGCUGAUCGUCUUAACCAUCACGUCGCUCUCAAUCAUAAUGCCUGUCAACAUGACGGGAGACCUGCUGGGUAAUGAUCCACAAAGCUUUGGAAGAACAACGGUGGGAAAUCUUCCAAAUGGAGACAACCUGUUAUGGCUGCAUACAGUGUUUGCAGUUCUGUACCUGAUCCUGACCGUUGUUGUGCUGCGGCAUCACACGUCCCAGAUGAAAGGCGAGCGCAGAGAGACGGCAAGAGACUCCUUGUUUGUGUGUUCAGUCCCGAAAACGGCAACAGAGGAAGCUGUAAAGACCCACUUCAUAGAGGCGUACCCUUCCUGUCGAGUGUGUGCUGUGACCCUGGGCUAUGACGUGGCCAAGCUCAUGCACCUGGAUAAGGAAAGGGAGCGAGCAGGAAAAAACCUGCGCUACUACGAGCGUGUCCAGGAGAAAACAGGGAAACUUGUGUUGAUUAACCCCCGUUUGUGCGGUCACCUCUGUUGCUGCGCCAGCUCCAAGAAGGUUGAUGCCAUAGAUUUCUACAGAACUCAAGAAAAAGACCUGCUGGAAGAGGUGAGGAAGCAGACAGAGCUGGUGCCAGAGCGCCCCCUGGGGAUGGCCUUCGUCACCUUGCAGACCGAGGCGAUGGCCAAAUACAUCCUGAAGGACUUCAACGCGCUGAAGUGUGGCGGCACAGGCUUCCUCUGCAGGAGGACGCCCCAGCCUUCAUCCGACAGCGCAACUCUGAAAGUGAACAAGUGGAGCGUCAGCUUUGCACCCCAUCCUAAAAAUGUGUUCUGGGAGAAUCUGUCCUUGCGUGGUUUCCACUGGUACAUGCGAUACUUGACACUUAACUUCUUCCUUUUCUUCCUGCUCACCUUCCUCACGACUCCCACCAUCAUCAUCAACACCAUGGACAAGUUCAACGUGACUAUGCCCAUCCGAUAUCUCAAUAGUCCCAUCAUCAGUCAGUUCUUCCCCACCCUCCUGCUGUGGUCCUUCUCUGCCCUGCUGCCUACCAUAGUUUACUACUCUACAAUAGGAGAGGCCCACUGGAGCAGGUCCAGUGAGCAGCUGAGCAUGAUGCGUAAGCUUUACUUUUUCCUGAUCUUCAUGGUGCUGAUCCUCCCCUCGCUGGGGCUCACAAGUAUUGCAUGGUUUUUCCGCUGGCUGUUUGAUAAAAGGUUUCUUGCUGAUGGGAAACUGAGGUUUGAAUGCGUGUUCUUGCCUGACCAGGGGGCUUUUUUCGUCAACUACGUCAUCACAGCGGCCCUUGUGGGCUCUGGGAUGGAUUUGUUGCGGUUGCCAGGGUUACUGCUUUACAUCAUUCGCAUGAUGUUUGCGCGCUCUGCUGCUGAAAGGAAAUAUGUCAAACAGAACCAGGCCUAUGAGUUUGAAUAUGGAGCCAUGUAUGGCUGGUCCCUAUGUGUCUUCACUGUCAUCAUGGCGUACAGCAUCAUAUGUCCUAUUAUUGUCCCCUUUGGCCUCCUGUACAUGAUGCUGAAGCACCUGGUGGACAAACACAACAUGUACUUUGUCUACCUGCCUGCUCGCCUCGACGGCCAGGUUCACCUGGGAGCUGUCAAUCAAGCGUUGGCUGCACCCAUCAUCUGCCUGAUAUGGCUGUACUUCUUUUCUGUCCUCAGACAAGGUUUCUUGGCUGCCACCACUCUGUUCACUCUGGUGGUCCUGUGUAUCACUGUCUUCAUCUGCGUCAGUUCCACCUGCUUUGGCCAUUUCAAGUACCUCAGUCCACACAACUAUGAGGUGAAAGAGGAGGAUAAGGACACAGAGAAUGGAGCGGAAGAAAACACCAUGGUCUACCUUCCCAGAGUGCUUGAUCCCAAAUCGCCUGCCAGCGCACAAGAGGGAUCUAAAAUACCCUCUUACGGCUCUACGGAGGGAAGCCCCGCCCACAGCGCCGGCCCAUUGGCGAAAAGUGCGUCGGAUGUCCUAGUCAACGUAUCCCAAGUCAAAGCUUGGGAGUCAGGAAGCCCACGACUUCUUGGAUGUUAAAUCUGAUUUCUGCAUUGAAGUUGGCGUUUGAAUUCCCUCCCACUGCUGAGUCAGAUCAGACUUUCCUUUUGAGAGAGAACAACGUGCAAUUGUUAUAGCACUAUGUCGCCAAAAUGGUAGAUGGUAUAUGGACUGCAUAUAUAAUCCUAUGUCUUUGUGACCCCUCCAAAUGCUUUUUCAUAUCCAAGUUGCAUAAACAUAUUCAUACAGAGGCCGAGGCUGACAUCAGGGACUAUUAACACACUGUUGGCCAUGUCAUAAAGACUAAUCUUGGGUUCAAAAACUCAUCCCAUUGAGAAUUUCACGUGGGGAUACGAUCAAAACAUUGAACUCCUGAUUGGUGGAUGACAAAUUAACAUCGUAAGCAACAGCCGCCAGAAUAGCCUGCCAAAAGCUAGUAAAUGUACGAGUUAAAAGUAGAUUAAAACUACUUUCUACAGGAAAGGAGGUACACAGGAUGUUUUAUAGUAUGAUAAUUUAUGUAAUAUCUUAUGAUGAUUUGCACUUGAUCAACAUAGCACACACAACCUGCUGAGUCUUCUAUUUGAAUUGUAUCCCUCAUAGAGCACAGUUCAUUUUUUAUUUUCUGUACAGAACUUCUCUGAAACGAACUAAACCUAACUAAAACCUGACAUUUCAAACAAACCAGAUACAUAAUCAUGCAAGGAUUACCAGAACAAGAACAUCCAGUCAGCAACACUGAUGCCAAAGAGGUGAUCAGGCAGAGCUUUCUGUUUGUUACAGUUAAGAUUUCUUCAUAGUGCCCUUUGUGAUGCCAUUUGUCAACACCUGCCAAGGGAAUAAUUUAUUGCCUCAUGUUCAUAAUGCACUUUUGUAUCAAGGGAGGCCUGUUUUGUGUCGACUAACGUAAUGUGGGCUUUUGUAUUGAGACGAGAAACAGUUUUGUAUCAGUAUUGCAGGGGUUUUGCAACCAAAACUUUUUCCACAUGUGACUUGAAGGGUUAGAGUUGGAUUAUGUAAUGAUUAGAGCCAUAAAGCCAUUAUUUUCUUUUUAAGAUACGACAAUCAUGCUGUCCCGUAAAUGAAGGAUUUUUGAUUAAGAACAAGGUCAACUUUUAUUUGCAUGUUAUAUUUUUUAUCUGUAUGUUUUUCGCAGCAAUGUCUAUAUUAAGUACUAUAUAAGUACUAAAUCCUCCUAAAGGCAUAAAUGUACCUGUGCAAUGGUCGGUAAAAAUGGUGUUGAGAAAUAAUACAAACAUUCUGGUUA